AGGGGAUUUUACUUGGAAGUACAAUGGAGAUAGGCUUGUGGAGGAGGGCUGAACUGGGUUGAUUGCAGAGUAACAGGGAGAGUUCCAUAAGGUUAGUUAAUGACAGUUAAGAAAUGGGUAAUGAGCAAAAUUUGAUGGGUUUUUGAUGCACCAAAUAUGCACUACUUUUAGAUCUGCGAGGAGAUCGCGGAUUUGUAACGAACUGAGCCCUUGGACUUCUCAAAAUUUGAAUUGUGGCGAAUCUCUGAGGAGAUUUGCCUAAGUCUCAAAUUUGUUACGAGCUGAUUAUUGAAGUUUGCAGCGAUCUGAUCCUUCGGAUUUUCAACGACUGUGGCGAAUCUGUGAGGAGAUUUGCUCAGAGCGUUUGGUAUUCUUCUGCUUUUAACAGAUACCCUUUUGCCUCCCCGCAAUAAAUGCUGGCUCAGCAUUUGAGGGGACGUGACAGCUGCAAAUGGCGCGUUUUGGAUUUUUAACCAUAAAUGGUUGUCACGUGGUCGUGCUGAACUGGGGGGCUGUAAACACGCGUACGGUGUUUACAGGGCGCCAUCUGAAUGGUCAAAACAAAACAAACAAAACAAACAAUUUGUUACGUUUUCCAUUUCAUUACACAGCAUAUUCGUACGUUUUCAGAGAGGGCUGCAGAGAUAUUCACGGCCAUUUUCCAGAUUUCCAGUGAAAACAUCUUCAACUACUCAGGUAAAAAUGGCUUCUUUCUACGAUGCACGAGAGUUCCGGGGUAACCAAGGUGAAGAGGGGGAUGUCGAUGUGAUAUCCGCGGAGCCUAUCGCGAUGAUAGUGCCGCCGGAGUUGCAGGAUUCGCCAAGAGCCGCCGCGCCUGAGAAUGACGCUAGUUCGAGUGUAAGUGGGGGUUCUGAGGACCACCAGCCUUCAACCUCCAGUGAUUCGUCCACUGAAGAGGCAGCUAGUGAAGCGGAGGGCGUUGAGGAGGUUGGUUGCAGUGCACCGGCGACGAGUGCAGCGACAGAGGUGGUAGUGUUCGAGGGAUGGGAGAGCAAAGUUCUUAGUGGGAGGCUGAGCAAUCUCCGCAAAGCUCCCAAAACACUACCGGCCGGGUUCAGGUUCAGGGCGGCACUGCAUCAUGAAGUUGUAGAUGGCGCGGCAACAGUUAAGGGGUAUAUAAAAUUAGAAGAGAUGGUGAGGAGGUACCACAUCCCCAGAACCAUCCUGAUCCGAGCAGGGACACUGAACGAGCGGGCGUGCUUAGUGUCACGGACGGGCUGGGUGCCAGUAUACGUAGACCAUUUUGACGCUGGUCUACGUUUUCCUCUGCCUGGACUGAUUUUUGACGUCCUGGCAGAGUACGAGCUGGCCCUUUCGCAACUUACUCCCAAUAGCAUAAAGUUCAUCAUAGGCUUUAUGCUGUUGUGCGAAAGGCUGGGGAUGCUUGCAAAAGCGGUGGUCUUCAGGUCGUUCUUCCUGUGCCGUUUGUGCCCGUCUACCAGUGGGACGAGGUGGUACUACAUCUUGGGCAGGGAGAAGAUGAUGAUAUUCACCAAUAUUAGAAAUAAGGUGGCGAGGUGGAAGAGGCAGUUCGUGUUCGUGCGGGAUACGCGAACUGACAGGAUUAACACCGAGCUGGCGGCGCGUCUGUCAGAAUGGCGUACGCCGAACACGUUUAUGAACUACCCCCAGCUGACCAGUGGUGAUGUCGACCUGGAGAAUCGGCUGCUCGACUAUGUGAAGGCGAGGGGUUUGGUAGAUCUGGAGGCCUUGGUUACCCCGGAGCAGAUCGCAGUUCUAGGCUACACUGUCGCACUCUUCGAGUGCGAGCAGGGGGCCAAGGCGCAGAACAACGAGCUCCAGAAAACCUGCAAACAACUGGCAACUGAAAAAGCCAGCUUGACUGACGAGGUCAGUUGUUUGCAGAGCUCGGAGAUGGCAGAUCGAGCAGCAUCAGCCGAAAGCCGAGCCGAGGAGCUGGCCCGUAAGGUUGAUGAGCUGAAGGAGGAGCUCGUGAGGGCCCAAGUGGAGAGGGAAAGUGGCAUCCAGGCUACUAGGGAGGAGGCCAGUCGUGCAGAGGACCGCGCCAAGAAGGCAGAAGCAGAACGGGAAAAGACUCUGCACGAGCUGAGUGCCAUGGCAGAGAGGGUCUCGCAAGCUGACCAACAUGUCGCCCAAGCUGAGGCGUCCUUGGAGAAAUGCAAGAGGCUCCACCAGCGCGACCUCUGUUUUGCCCGGGCACAGGAGGCUGAGUGGCUGGUGGGGGCGGAAAUGUUCCAGGACGCCGUGGCAGUGGCUGCAGCCAACACCACCACGGACAUUUUCAAUGAAGUUCGUGGGAAGGUGUUGGGGGUCCGGGCAGACUUCCCAAUCUGCGAGCUGGCCUUCUUCGAGGGCGAGGAGAUCGAUGCUGACGGGAAAAGUCUUGCCCAGCCAGCGGAUACCAGGGUGAAGCUGAAGUGGGAGCUUAACGAGGAGGGGUUGCUCGUGUGGCCCCCCUCUGUUGUUGAGGAGGGAGAGGACACAGAGGGGUUGCCGAGCUUCGAUGCUUGGGUGGCGGGCCCCCAUGACGUGUCUGCUGAGCCUUCCAGUACUCCCCCCUCUGCUCAGCCUCAGUUCGCAUCAGGUGCUAUUCCUGUUCGCUCUCCUGUCCCUCCUCCAGAUCGGUCGUCACCAGCUCGGUCUCCUGCUGCUGGCCCGGACAACGCAUCCAUCCCCGUCGACCUGACGGAUGACUAGUUUAGGGGUUUUAUUUUUUGACUUUUUGUAUUUUUUUCUUUUUAUUACCUGUAUUGAUCAAUGACGUUAGAUGUCAUGUACUUCAACUGUAAAUGAUCAUUGACGAAAUACAAAUUGAAUUUCUUU